AUGGCACCACGAACGGCACUUUCGGGCGUCGCAGCUUGCUGCCAGGCGGCCGCCGUUGCUGCCCGGCUUGCGCGGCCUACCUCAUCGAUAACAUCAACCACCUCCAGGUCACCGUUGGUGCCUCUGUUUGCCGCAUUGACGAUCCAGACACGCGACGCUAGCAUCUUGGCCAGCUUACGGGACAACAAAGGCGCGCACCAGAAGCGCAUCCGUGUCGGUCGCGGUCCCUCGUCGGGCAAGGGUAAGACGUCCGGCCGUGGUCACAAGGGCCAGGGCCAGCACGGCAAGGUCAAGCCGUGGUUCCAGGGCGGCCAGACGCCGCUGAUCCGGACGUGGGGCAAGAAGGGCUUUGUGAACCACCGCGCCGACGUCAUGUCCGAAGUCAACCUCGACCGCCUCCAGGCCUUUAUCGACGCCGGCCGCAUCGACGCCACCAAACCGAUUACGCCGCGCGAGUUGAUCGAGUCGGGCCUUGUUGGCAAGGUCCGUGACGGUAUCAAGAUCCUCGCCCGUGGCAAAGAGGACCUGCGCACGCCCGUCGACCUGCUGGUGUCGCGUGCGUCGGCCGGCGCCAUCGACGCCAUCGAGGCCGCAGGAGGCAAGAUUGUCACGCGCUACUUUACGAAACAGUCGAUCAAGUGGCUGCUUGAGGGAAAGAGCGUCAUAUCGAGCACACCCAUGGCCACGGGCCCUGAGCACGUCGAGGCUGCCGUGGCCAAGUUGCGCGCGGCGCCGCAUCUGCGCCGGCUGCCGGAUCCCACAAGCCGUUGGGACAUUGAGUACUACCGCGACCCGGCUCACCGUGGUUACCUGAGCGACCAGCUGAAGCCUGGUGAGUCGCCGAGUUUGUACUUCAAGGUGCCUGGCGUGCAGCGGAUUGUGCGGCCGGGCGGCAAGGUCAUUAUCCAGAAGAAGGAGGAAGAUGUGCUGUUCUAG